AAUAUGAAUUGGAAGACAACAUUAUACGCGAGUGGGUCAAUAUUAUGCGGUAUUGCAUUAAAAGUAUUAAAGGAUAAUGUGUUUAAAAAUGUUCCAAAUAAAAGCGAUAUCAACGAAGUGUUACUUUACGGCGAUGGUGAUGACGUACGAGUAAAAGAAAUAGGUUUAGAUAAUCUCUACUGCAUUUAUUACAUGAUAGCUCACGCCAGCAAUACAGUUGACGUGUGUGUGCCAAGCCUCGAAAGCGAAAUUAUUACUAAGUGUCUCAUCGCUGUGCAGCAAAAGAACAAGCCCAAAAUUAGAAUCGCAAUACACAAUAGUAAUACUUGGGAUAAUCUCAAAUCUAUUGCCGAGAGCGGAAUCGAGGUGAAGGUCAUAAAAUCGACAGAACGUCUGGAACACGAAUUCCUAUUAAUAGAUGCUACGGGAACGUUUGACGAUGCUGUGGCAAUAAUAGGAUCCCUAGACUACGACACAUCUAGAGUCAACUGCAACAAUGACACGACCAUGAUCACAUCUGAACUUGCUGUAGUGAAAACUUUAAAAAGAGAAUUCGAUAGGGUGUGGAACAAUCACGUAUCUGAUAUUUCAGAGAUUAUGUUGACCAAAAAUUAG